AUGCAGUGGCCGUCUUAUAAAAAUGACGCAAAAUUACACAUUCUGAAGCGGGAAGCAAUUUUACCAACACAAAAUAAUCCUGAAGAAGAAAACAAGAAACUGUUAGUUGUCAAUUCCGAAUCAGAAUCAAAACCACCAGUUGGAUUAAGCGAAGGUGGUGGUGUUAAUGUCAAUCCACCUACAAAUAAUUCACUUUCUGAAUCACCUAAAUCUCAAGAACCUACUCAAUUGCUUAAAACCUCAAAUGUAACUGAUAUUAAAGUUCAAAAUGGUAGUGUUCCUUUGAAUAGUCCUAAAAUUACAGAUACUAAAAAUAUUACAAAAGCAGCAAUUAAUGAUACAAAAUCACCACAGAAUAUAACAAUUGCAGCAACGAAUGCAACGACGACUGACUCGGACAAUUUGCUUCAGAUAAACAGUCCAGGAGUUGUUAAGCGAGGCUUAAUAGUUUUUGGUGGUUUUGCAAUACUUGCUGCUGCUUACUUCAUAUUUUACAGAAAGAAAAAUAAUAAAUAUGAUUCAAAUAGCACACAUAAUGCAAAUGAUGCUAAUCAAUUCCGAUAUGGCGUUCUUCAAUCUGAUGACCGUAGAGACAACCUUGAACUGGCCCGAAUUCCAUUGACGAUGGAAUCUGAUGAUGAUGAUGAGGAUGAGGACUUGGAGAUAUUUGACCUGGAACAAAAGAAAAAAUCACUUUCCUAUGUAAAUUUGCAAGUGAAUGACGAAGAUAUUGUACUAAAUGGUUCUAAAGAUGAAUCUAAAAACAAUCUCCUAUUAGACAUAGAGGAUGGACCUUCAGACACUUUAAUCAAUUGGUCGAGUAAUGGUAACAAAUCAAUAUUA